GCAGGUCCUUUCCCCAUGGAUCCGGUCGGACUAGCACCGCAGACUCUCCAGCACCAUGAACCCAUCAGCUUCGGCAUCGACCAGAUCCUGAGCGGCCCCGAGCCCCCUGGCAGCGGCUGCCUUGGCCCAGGUCCCGGCCGCGUGGGGCAGACUGAAGGUGCACUGUAUACUGGCGGGUACGCUGGGCCCUCGGGCUAUGGCCCCUCGUGCUCAUUGGCCUCUCUUCCGGGGAGUCACGGCGGGGGGUCUGCGGGGGGCGUCAUCCGCGUCCCCGCCCAUCGGCCCCUCCCCGUGCCGCCCCCCACCGGGGGCCCGACUGCAGCCCCAGGCACCCCCGGGCUAGGCGCUGGAAGCGGCCUAUCAGGCCUUACCUUCCCCUGGAUGGACAGCAGCCGCCGUUUUGCCAAGGACCGGCUCACAGCUGCACUGUCCCCGUUCUCUGGGGCCCGCCGCGUGGGUCACCCUUACCAGAACCGGACGCCGCCUAAGCGAAAGAAGCCGCGCACAUCCUUUUCCCGGGCACAGGUGCUGGAGCUCGAGCGGCGCUUCCUGCGCCAGAAGUACCUGGCUUCUGCCGAGAGAGCGGCGCUAGCCAAGGCCCUGCGCAUGACGGACGCGCAGGUCAAGACGUGGUUCCAGAACCGGCGGACCAAGUGGCGGCGGCAAACUGCCGAAGAGCGAGAGGCCGAGAGGCACCGCGCAGGGAGGCUGCUCCUGCACCUCCAGCAGGACGCCUUGCCUAGGCCGCUGCGGCCGCCACUGCCCCCCGACCCUCUGUGUCUCCACAACUCCUCACUGUUUGCGCUGCAGAAUCUGCAACCCUGGGCUGAGGACAACAAGGUCGCAUCCGUGUCUGGCCUCGCCUCUGUUGUCUGAGGAGGACCCUGGUUCAGAACCUGGGGAAUACAUUCCACGCCCUCCAGGACAUGGCCAAACACUGCAUCCCUAGAGCCUAUCCACAGACCGGACACCGUGCCUUCUGUAGGGUUGACCAGAUACCAUCUGAUACCCACUUGGACGGGAUAUCUUGUCUUGUCUCCAUAUCAAACACUUCCCUCCUGCACAGACAGGGCUGGUUUGGCACUCUCACCUGGACCUGGUUGGACGCUUUGACUUCUGCAGUGUUGGCCUGUUACCUAUACCCACUUUUACAGAGCCAGACAGCCCUUGGCCACCAACUGUCCAUGCAUGGAAGGAUCUACACACUGGCCCCCAGUAGGACUCGGCUAGACACCCCUGCCAGAAGAGGACCCCCUUCCUCAACCCUCCUGUACCCCCCCCCCGUGCUCCCCUCCCAGACCGGCCACAACAUCCCUCCAUUUGGCCAGACACUUCCUCCUUGUCCCCUCCCUACUGGAGGCCAAGUCCCAGGUUCUGUUCUGAUGCGGUAGGACACCCCCUCUCCCCCCGCACCCUACCUCCACUGAGCUUUCGAUGUGAGGGGGAGGGGAAGGGCAAGCUCACUGGCUACUUGAGGCCACGGAUACUUAAGAGCUGGACAGUGGGGAGUGGGGCUGGAGAAGUGGCCAGGACAUGCCUUCGCCAGGUGCCUCCUCCUUCUUCCUCCUCCUCUCCCCCUAAUUGAUUAGCUCGGGGAAUAAAAAGUCCAUGAGUCGGAAGCGAGCUCUGUGGACUCAGGCAGGUUCCUUUUUCAACUCCGUAAAGGAGACCUCGGCUGCCUGGAAGGAGGGGGCUCCUUCCCUUUCCUACCCCGCCCCCUCAUUUCCCUCUCCCCUGCCCUCCCUUGUUAUGGAUCGGCUCCCGUUGCGGAUUC